GUCUUUCUUUUACGCCUAAAUUUUUAUGCCAUUCUCAUUUUAUUGGCAUUGCAUGUGAAAAUGGAGGAACACGAAAAAUUAAUGAGAAAUUUCAUUUUUAUGAUUUAAUCCUUUUUUUAGUACAGUUUCAGCUCCUUUGCUAAUAUUAGAGCUUUCCCAUGCACCUAACGUAAUUCUUUUUUAGUACAAUUUCAGCUCCUUUGCUGAUAUUAGAGCUUUCCCAUGAACCAAAAAACUUCAAUUCUUCUAAGUAUCAUAUAGCAUAAAAGUUCACACCAUUCUCUUCUCUGUGGUGACAUGUGCCAAACGAAUGAUUUCAACACAGUAGUCGUUGCAAAUUUAAAAAUACUGGGAUUCGGGUGCAGGGGUUUCGGCAACUAUUUUCAUAUUAAAAGUAUAUAUUAUGCAUAUAUUUUAAGAGUUAUGUUUAUAUUUAAACCAAAUAAUCAAAUAAAUAAGUUCAAUAUCGUUAACAAUUUACAAUAUAAUUAUUUAAUAACACAUAUUACAUUAUAAGAUAGUUAAGUGAUAAUAUAUUCAACUAAUCGUAGAAUUAAUCAUUAACAAGAAUCCCUAACAAGAAUCCCCAAGCACGCAAGAAUCCCCAAGAAUCGAUGCACGGUACGGCGGGUGAGUGAAAAAUCCCUGCUUUCUAGUUUUUCGGACAUACAUUACAUCCAGAUAUAAUGCUCUAAUAUUGUGACAUAAUUAAUAUGUUUCUGGAAUGUCUGCCAUUAGGCCCCAUUAUAAUUCUUAACAGGUAAACCUUCUUUGGUCAUAUAUACGGAAGACGUUCUUCCUUUUGAGUUUAUAUCUUCUUAAGUGUCAAGCCUUCCAAUCAAGGAAAAUAAGACUGUUUCCCAGAAACAUUUAGUAGAGACUGGUUUAUGCAGUAUGAUGAAACUUUAUAAUAAGUCAAUAGGAAACCCUGCAGGCUGCAGACAAAAACUUUAUAAUAACUGUUGAUCCGAAUCUCAGCAUAUUUCAUGUCAAAAACAUAGGCCACUGAAUGAUUCACUCCCAACUUGCUCCACAAAUUAAAAUUAUAAUAAAAGAUAGGCAGAGAAAAUUUGCUAGUAGCUCAAGAACAGCAUGACAUCCAUACGAGGAGUUAGUUUGAACAUUGAAACACAGAACGACAAUAUGCUAGCAAGUCUGCCCUUGCAGGCAGAGUUUCCCUAACAAUGCUGUUAUCAAGAUAAUUAUCAAUCCAUUCAAAGUCAUCAAAUUAGUUCUAAAUAUGUUGGAACAUUGUAAGUCAACCAACAAUCUUUACACUUAUAUGUUUACAAUUGCAAUAUAAUCUGCGAUAGUGUAUUUUGGAAAAUGCAACUCCAUAGCAAUCGGCAAAUUUAAUAAUAAAACUUAAUCCAACAAAUCAGGGGCUACACAGCACCAGAAUAUGCAAUUCAUGGACACUUGACUGAGAAAGUUGAUACCUAUAGUUUCGGAAUUGUUGUCCUUGAAAUUAUAAGUGGCCUUCACUGCACUAAUGUGAAGAUUGAGUCCGUCAAUGAUUCCCUACUUGAAUAUGUAAGCAAAAUCUAUCUACGCGAACCUAAAUCUUUAUUUAGUUAUUUGCUAGGUGUGCUUUACAUUUAAUUGUUAAUAAAAAUAAUCACUUGCAGAAUGCUUUGACAUCUGAAAGAAAAUAAUCACUCAAUCUGCAAUUGUUAAUAAAAAUAUAUUGAUCGCGCUCUGGAUUAUAGGAACGUUACCUCCUAACAUUUUUUUUAGACAGAUUGAAACACUUUAACUUCACAUGUUCAUAAUGCUUCUCGAAAUCUACUAGUAAAACGCUUGAUCACUGGAAAUACAAAGGUGAAACAUCUAUACCAAGCCAGAAAUACUAAAGCUAAUGCAUGUAUGAUAUAUUGUUGAAUGCAAUUUGUAUUUGACCUAAUCUUUUGAGUUACAGUUUAAAACAAAUAUGAGCAGAUCUUUUCACCUUUUCUUUAAGAUUUAAAAACAACUGAUACGAUGAUAGACUCAGAUACCAGAGAAGUAUUUAGAGUUUUCAAUAAGUCAUCAAUCAGAAUCAGAUUAUCACAUACCGAAUUAUUCAACCAGAAACGAGAGGUCGCCUUUAUUAUACUAAAUUAUUAUACUAAAUUAUUAAUCAACCAGAAACAUGUUAAUCAAUCUCCUUCCCUAUCAUAUGAACUUUCAUGUCACCAUUAUCUUCUGUUGAUUUUGUAUUAAACUAAUACCAUAAUAUCCGAAUACAAAUAAUAAUAAAGCGUCAACCUUCUCCUCACUUCUGAAAUUUGUAUACUGGAUUGCAGAGUUAACAGUGCAAUCAGUACAGUCUCUGUCGUAGCCUUGUUAAUCAGACAAAUUUGGCAGGCGACAGUGGCAGAUACAGAAUUAGUUGACUAGAUUGUGUUGCGGGCUAAUAAUGCAUCGUGCAAAUUGAAUUCAAAAAUUACAUUUUAGGAAUUCGACUUCUUUAUCAGAUUUGUUGCAGCAGACAACUUUGACAUUGCCAAUCCGAAGAUCAGUUGACUUAAGUAUGAUGUAUUUGUAAGGCAAGCGCAGUUCUUAGUCGAUAUACGUUUGCAAUUGCAACUAGGCUAUAUAUAUCCCAACUCAUUUUCAAUAAUAAUGUACAUUAUAAUAUACCAAUGACAUUAACAAUGAUCUAAUCUGAACUUGCACUGGUUCUAACAAUUGAUAUUAGAGUUCCUUGAUCAAGCUAUUCAAAACAAUACAGCUAACUGAUACACUUAUCAAGACUCUGAACUCAUAGCUUUUUGUUCAAAGCACAAUUAAAUAGGAUGAGAAUGAAGAGCAUCAUGAUGCUUGGCCAUACUUUUGUGAUUGUAUCGGUGAUCAUGAAAGGAAUUACAUCAGACUCUCAAGUGGAAGAGCUACUAGGAAAAUGCACUAGGUUAAAAGUAUCCGUGGACCUGCCGAUUUUCUUGAACAGUGUUAACAAGACCUUCGAAGACAUGAGAGAACAGUUGUCCAAUGCACAUUUCGCGACAACAUAUGAGACAGAUGUGUUCGGGAUGGCUCAGUGUAGGAACUAUCUCUCAACUGCAGAUUGUCUGGCUUGCUUUGAUGCUGGCGUCACUGACAUUAGACGGAAGUGCAAUGCUGCUGUAGUUGGUACUCACUUCAUAUACCAAGGAUGUUUCCUCAGGUAUGGGAUUCACAACUUCUACAAAGAGAUAACACUUGAAAGCCCUGUUUUGGUUUGUAGCUACAAUCAUAAUAUAGCUGAGCCAGGUGCUUUCAGUCCAAUAGUUCAAGGGCUGUUAACAGAAAUAGUUUCUGCCACGCCAAAGAUGAAGAAUUAUUUCGCAGCAGCAAAAAGGCAAGUGUUGAGUGAUGGUACAACACCAACAGUAUAUGCUGUGGCUCAGUGCGUGGAGACUAUAAGCCAGAGUGAUUGCAGAAGUUGCUUGACACGGACAUAUACUAACUUGAAAACAUGUCUAUCACAACCAGGGGGAACUUGUGCAGAAGCAGGCUGUUUCCUCAGAUACUCUGACAGCUCAUUUUUCGCUGAUAACAACAUAACUAAUAUCACACCGUACAUAGGAGGAGGAAGUUCAAGUGCAAAAAGACCGAUUCUUGGGAUUAUUGGUGGUUUAAUGUUUCUGCUCCUUAUAAUUGCUUCGAUUUUUUGGUAUCAAUUAGUCAGGAAGGCGAAGCUGGAGGAAAGAGGUGAUGUAUUACGAGUAACACAGCUGCAGGGUCCAGUUAUUUACCGAUUUAAAGAUUUAAAAUCAGCGACAAAGAGUUUUAGCCAAGAUAACAAAAUAGGAGAAGGAGGUUUUGCGGAUGUAUAUAAGGGAAUUACAGAAACCGGAGAUGUAGUUGCAGUAAAGAAACAUGCUCUAAGUUCACACGAAGCAAAAGCAGAUUUUAAGAGUGAAGUUAGGCUCAUAAGUAACAUUCAUCACCGGAAUGUCAUUCGAUUACUGGGAUGCAGUCACAAAGGAUCAGAGCUACUUCUUGUCUUCGAAUACAUGGCAAAUGGAAGCCUGGAUAAAUUCAUAUAUGGUGAAAAACAGGGGACUCUUACUUGGAAACAACGUGCUGAAAUUAUUCUCGGCAUAGCCAGGGGCCUUGCAUAUCUUCACGAAGAAUUUCAUUCAUGUAUCAUACAUAGAGAUAUCAAAUCUAGUAACAUUUUACUCGAUGAUGGUUUUCAACCCAAAAUUGCAGAUUUUGGGUUGGCAAGACUAACAAUUGAGGAUCAAAGUCAUCAAAUUAGUUCCAAAUAUGUUGGAACAUUGGGCUACACAGCACCAGAAUAUGCAAUUCAUGGACACUUGACUGAGAAAGUUGAUAUCUAUAGCUUCGGAAUUGUUGUCCUUGAAAUUAUAAGUGGCCUUCACUGCACUAAUCUGAAGAUUGAGUCCGUCAAUGAUUCACUACUUGAAUAUGCCUGGCAGUUGCACGAAGAUGAUAGGCAUCUCGAUUUGGUUGAUGAGAAACUAGAUCCCAGUGAUUAUGAUACAGAAUAUGUUAAAAGGGUCAUAAAUCUUGCUUUAAUGUGCACACAGUUACCAGCUUCUCGGAGGCCAGCAAUGUCUGAAGUAGUGGUUUUGCUUACUAGCUAGUGAACGUCUCGUGGAGCUAAGAUCAAUGAGCAUGCCAAACUUGUUCUAACAUGGUAUUAAAGUAAUAAGUAUAGAUGUUUUGGCUUGUAGAACUCUGUAGAACAGCCUCUUUAUAUUCACAUGGGCCUGCUAUAUAAAUUUUGUAUUAACAUAGAGGGCUCUGAGCCACUGAGGUACUUUUUAUGUUAGAACUGUUGCAGUGGUUUGAUACUAAAGGGAAUGCUAGAUGCAGUUGCUUGAAGUUGAUGAACGGAAAGAUUGGAGUAAAAGAAGAUUCUUUUGAAAUGACAA